UUAAUAACAAUGAAUUUGCUUGCGGUUUGUUGUUGCUGUGGGUUUGCUAUCGCGAUUGUGUUAGGAGGGUGAGCGAGGGGUGUUUUAAGCAUUGCGCAGACGCUGGAGCGGCAUAAACAAAUGCCAUCACCUUUAGACUCCACUUAUUACGCUCCUGAAACAGCACGUAGAGCGUAAAAUAACGUCAGUUUACUUUUGGCUAUCGCAAUAGCCUGGCUGCAAACGCGGUCGGUCUAUAAAUGAGAAUCCCUUAAAUAAAAAACUAAGAUAAGAAGGCAAAAUCAAUAAACGUGCUUAGAAAAUAGAAAACUUCCAAUAAAACGUAGAUGUAGAUUAGAUCAAGUUAAUAUUGAAUUUCAUGCUAACAAAACUUAAAUACUUUCCGUAUCGAAAUUAACAAACCAAGAGAAUCGCAUAUAUAUUUUCUAACUUGCAUUAUUUACGCACCCCCAAAAAUUGUUGGGGGGUUGUUGUUGCUCAUACGCUCAACGUGAGUACGUGAUUGAAACAACAGAGACGAACGAAAAAUAAAAGGAAAUCGAAAGAGCACAAAAAAAAAAGAAAAAUCCAUGAAUAUAAAAGUCAAGUGCGCUCAUCGUCACCGUUACCGUUACCGUUACGAAAACCAGUAAAAAUUUCAUUUCAACGCAAGUAGAAUACGUGACAGAGCGUGGGGUCAUGUCUCUGGAGGAUCCAUUUUUUGUUGUCAAGGAUGAAGUCUUCAAAGCUCUGAAUAAAACACGCGGACUCUAUCUGCGUUGGCGUGAAUUGGGUGAAAACGGCGGAGCCGAGGUUGAAUGGACCACAACGGAGCUGCGUAAUUCGCUGCGCAGCAUUGAAUGGGACCUGGAGGAUCUCGAGGACACUAUCAGCAUUGUCGAGAAGAAUCCAACGAAAUUUCGUAUAGAUAAUCGUGAACUAUCCAGCCGGCGACACUUUAUAGACAACACACGGGAUGAGGUCAAACAGAUGAAGGAUAAAAUGAGCCUGAACCGGAACAGGGACAGAGACAUAACCGCACAUCAGCCAUUACUCGAAAACGAACGGAGUCACAACCUCAAUCACAAUCAUAAUCCAACCAACGAAUAUCAUUCGCACAACGAUCGGACGUAUCUGGUAGACUGUCCCAAUUCACAAACACAAUCGGUGGCCAAUACUAUUGCUGGCACCAUGUCCGCAGCAGCAGCAGCCGCGGCGGCAACGCGACACAGUGGAACCAAAUACUCCAAGUUGGAGAAUGCCCUGGAUAUUGAUAGUCCCAGUCAUUAUGGAGGACAUGGCAAUGGCUUGGACAGUCCGGGACAUCGAUAUGUGGGUGAAACGGUGUCCGUACAACAGCGCAUGAUUCAGGGACAGGAUGAGCAGUUGGAUAUGAUAAGUGAUUCCAUUGGCACCCUUAAGACUGUUUCGCGCCAAAUAGGCGUCGAGUUGGAUGAGCAGGCGGUCAUGUUGGAUGAUUUUGGGAAUGAGUUUGACACAACCGAGUCCAAACUAGAUACAACAAUGAAAAAAGUUGCCAAAGUUUUACACAUGAAUAAUGAUAAGCGUCAAUGGGCCGCAAUUCUCAUACUUUCUGUGCUGUUAUUAUUUGUGAUAAUUUUGUUUAUUAUUUUGUAAUUUAUUUUGUUCGCUUUGCUGUAUUUCCGUAUCAAAAUGAUUAUUGUAGUGUAAAUUCAUUAGAUUUAUUUUUUAAAUAAGUAUAAUUGCAAAUUUAAAAAAAAACUUCGAUAUUUUAUAUAUAGUUAAUUUAAAAGACAACAAGAUUCCUUAGCUGUAUAUACACACACGUUUAAACAUUUACUAUAUAAAAUUCAUACUUAUAAACAAAUCGAGUAAACGUAUUUCCAAAGACAGAAUCAUGAGUAAGUUCCCGUAUAGACUAACGAAACACUUGCUAAAAAAAAUGGUACAAUUUAUAUGUAUGAGGAAGAAUAUUAUCUGUAUAUCAAGAGAGUUAUUAAAAAAAAAAACAUGUAUGCAGUUGAGUAAAUAAAAUAUAUAAAUCAUUAAAAACAAAAA